AAACCCUAAGCAGGAGAAGCUUUCUUUUAUUCUUUUCCUUAUGGGAAAUCCCUAAAUGCCCUUCGUCCUCCUCUUUCUCCUUUUAUCAAUGCAUUCCUUUCUCAUCUCCUUACAAACCUUGAACCAUAAACAUACCCAUCCAAAUCCAGAUAUAAAUUUUUUUUUCUCUUUCCCCUUCUUUCCAUCAGAUUCUUUUCUCUUCUUAAUCAGAGUCCUAAUCGUUUAAUGCACUAUAUGCUUCCUAGAAAGAGAGCUGGUGAAGGAGAGGUUGUAGAAGGAGAGACUGAAAAUAAUAAUAGCACCAACAACAUAAACAACACUGCUGUCACUCCGCCGAUCAAGAAACAUCAUAUUUCCACCGCCGAUGCCACCGAUUUGACUGCUAAUAACCAAACCUUAACCGUAGGGGACAACAGAAGUAACUAUAGUAGCACUAGUGUGAUUGAGCUACCGGUCAUGGCUCCUUGGGGUGCGAAUCUAAAUGAUAUAGACGAGGAUCUGCACAGCCGGCAGCUUGCUGUGUAUGGCCGCGAGACAAUGCGCCGGCUUUUUGCCUCAAAUAUCCUCAUCUCUGGCAUGCAGGGCCUCGGUGCUGAAAUUGCAAAGAAUCUCAUUCUUGCUGGUGUCAAAUCUGUGACCUUGCAUGAUGAGGGAGUGGUGGAGAUUUGGGAUUUGUCCAGUGGUUUUGUUUUUUCGGAGAAUGAUGUUGGUAAGAAUAGGGCACUUGCUUCGGUUCAGAAGUUGCAGGACCUAAACAAUGCUGUCGUCAUUUCUACCUUAACUACCAAUUUGACCAAAGAACAACUAUCUGAUUUCCAGGCCGUUGUAUUCACUGAUAUAACUCUCGAAAAAGCUCUCGAGUAUAAUGACUACUGCCAUAAUCAUCAGCCUCCAAUUUCCUUUAUCAAGACUGAAGUAAGAGGCCUUUUUGGUACUGUCUUUUGUGACUUCGGUCCCGAGUUUACUGUUUUUGAUGUUGAUGGAGAGGAACCACACACGGGCAUAAUUGCAUCCAUCAGCAAUGACAACCCUGCUCUAGUAUCAUGUGUUGAUGAUGAAAGGCUCGAGUUUGAGGAUGGGGAUCUUGUCGUGUUCUCUGAAGUUCAGGGUAUGACAGAACUCAAUGAUGGAAAGCCACGGAAGAUUAAAAGUGCGAGGCCAUACUCAUUUACUCUUGAGGAGGACACCACAAAUUUUGGUACAUAUGUAAAAGGUGGCAUUGUCACUCAGGUGAAACAGCCCAAGGUGUUGAACUUUAAGCCAUUGAAGGAAGCUCUUAAGGAUCCUGGUGAUUUUCUUCUGAGUGAUUUCUCGAAGUUUGACCGCCCACCUCUCCUGCACAUUGCAUUCCAAGCACUCGAUAGGUUUAUCUGUGAAGUUGGCCACUUCCCUGUUGCUGGGUCAGAAGAGGAUGCUCAAAAGCUUACAUCUAUUGCUGCUGACAUCAAUGAAUGCCUUGGGGAGGGUAAAGUGGAAGAUAUUAACCUAAAACUUCUUAGGCACUUUGCCUUUGGUGCCAGGGCAGUACUGAAUCCCAUGGCUUCCAUGUUUGGAGGCAUUGUGGGACAAGAGGUAGUCAAAGCAUGUUCUGGAAAAUUUCAUCCUCUUUUUCAGUUUUUCUAUUUUGACUCAGUGGAGUCUCUUCCUGCUGAACCCUUGGAGCCGAGUGAUUUUAAACCAUUGAAUAGCCGUUAUGAUGCACAAAUAUCAGUGUUUGGCUCCAAACUUCAGAAGAAGCUGGAGGAUGCAAAAGUGUUUAUAGUUGGAUCUGGAGCUCUAGGCUGUGAGUUUCUGAAAAAUAUGGCAUUGAUGGGUGUCUCAUGUGGUACUCAGGGCAAGCUUAUAAUCACGGAUGAUGAUGUAAUUGAAAAGAGCAACCUCAGCAGGCAGUUUUUGUUCCGUGAUUGGAACAUCGGGCAGGCUAAAUCAACUGUUGCUGCUUCAGCUGCUGCAUCUAUAAAUUCUCAGCUUAAAAUUGAAGCUCUGCAAAAUCGUGCCGGUCCUGAAACUGAGUCUGUGUUUAAUGACGAUUUUUGGGAGAACUUAACAGUGGUCAUCAGUGCAUUAGAUAAUGUCAAUGCUAGACUCUAUGUUGAUCAGAGGUGCCUAUAUUUCCAGAAACCACUUCUUGAGUCGGGAACUCUUGGUGCUAAAUGCAACACCCAGAUGGUGAUUCCUCAUCUAACUGAGAACUAUGGAGCCUCUAGAGACCCACCUGAGAAACAGGCACCCAUGUGCACAGUGCACUCAUUUCCUCACAAUAUUGACCACUGCUUGACAUGGGCUCGAUCUGAGUUUGAGGGCUUGCUUGAGAAAACUCCUGCCGAAGUGAAUGCUUAUCUUUCGAAUCCAUCUGAAUAUGCCACGUCAAUGAGAAAUGCUGGUGAUGCUCAGGCUAAGGAUAAGUUAGAGCGCAUCCUUGAGUGCCUCAAGCGGGAAAAAUGUGAUACAUUCCAAGAUUGUGUCACCUGGGCUCGCCUAAGAUUUGAAGAUUACUUUGUUAACCGGGUGAAGCAGUUAACAUUUACAUUUCCUGAGGAUGCUGCAACCAGUACUGGGACUCCCUUCUGGUCUGCUCCAAAGCGAUUCCCACGUCCACUUCAGUUUUCAGCUGCUGAUCCUACCCAUCUUAACUUUAUUAUGGCAGCAUCUAUACUUAGAGCUGAAACAUUUGGUAUCCCAGUUCCUGAUUGGGCCAAGAAUCCAAAGAUGUUGGCUGAGGCAGUUGAUAAGGUGAUAGUCCCAGAUUUUCGGCCAAAGGAAGGUGUUAAAAUUGAGACAGAUGAGAAGGCUACUAGUAUUUCCACUGCCUCUACUGAUGAUUCAGCUGUUAUUAAUGAGUUACUCUUCAAGCUAGAGCGUUGCAGGAACAACCUGCCACCAGGAUUCAGGAUGAAACCAAUUCAAUUUGAAAAGGAUGAUGAUACAAACUAUCACAUGGAUCUUAUCGCUGGUCUUGCCAACAUGAGGGCAAGGAACUAUAGCAUUCCUGAGGUGGAUAAGCUAAAAGCAAAGUUUAUUGCAGGAAGAAUCAUACCAGCAAUUGCCACUUCCACAGCUAUGGCAACUGGCCUUGUCUGCCUUGAACUGUACAAGGUUCUAGAUGGAGCGCAUAAAGUGGAGGACUAUAGAAAUACAUUUUCAAACCUAGCACUGCCUUUGUUCUCCAUGGCUGAGCCAGUUCAGCCCAAGGUAACUAAGCACCAGGACAUGAGCUGGACUGUGUGGGACAGAUGGAUCUUGAGAGGUAAUCCCACUAUGAGGGAACUCAUCCAGUGGCUCAAAGACAAGGGCUUGAAUGCUUACAGCAUAUCUUAUGGAAGUUGCCUGCUCUUCAACAGCAUGUUCCCAAGACACAAGGAACGAUUGGAUAAGAAGGUGGUGGAUGUGGCUCGGGAAAUUGCCAGGGAAGAAUUGCCUCCCUACCGAUCGCACUUGGAUGUGGUGGUGGCAUGUGAGGAUGAUGAUGAUAAUGACAUUGACAUUCCUCAGAUCUCCAUCUACUAUCGUUGAGGUGUGUUCAGUAAUCCGCCUGAUAAACAAGGCUGUGAUUUUAGGAUAGCAUUGACAUUCUUCUAUUACGGUGUCGUAGCAAUGAGCAUACAAAACGGAUUAUGAUUUAUCUUGCUAGACGGUCGCAAAUUUCAUAUAAAAACUGAGUUACUUUUGUUGCAGAAUGUGAUAUAAUCCUUCUACUUUAUGUUAUUUCUUGGA